AUGUCAGGCUCAACAUCGUUGUCGGUAUCUCGACUCGACAUGGGCGGCUUUAACUGUGGCAUCAAAAUAGUGCCCGGCCAACCAAAGUCGGCUUGGACAUGUCCAUGUGGUCUGGGAUACUGGGAUGCCGUCAAGAGUGAAUUCAUCACCGGCGACCGUGUCCGGAGACGCGAGGCUCUAAAUCGGGCGGACUAUGAAGCCCAUCUACGAGAAUGUUCGCAAUGCCACGCGCAGGCUCAACAAGAUGGUCUUACCUCAGUUUCUAGCCAAGAGGAAGGCCAGGAAACGCAAUCGGGCGCUCGUACACGACCGUCGACGAAAACUUCGGAUAGUCGCAUCAGUCACCCAAUUCCUGCGAGACAACGCCAAUAUUUUCUUCCGAUGGACCGCAUACGUCCCGAAGUCAUUCAGGGAUCCAUCAAGACAUACCUGGGUGCUGAUGCUUCCGUCAAGCUUUCAACUAAUCGGGACGGUACACCUGGCUAUAUCAUACAUUCGAACAAUCCCCCCACAGUGGAGAUAAUAUCCGAGCUUAUGCGACUGUCCCUACCUCCGGAGACUGCUGCGCCUGUUGCCAGUGGGCAUGGCCAAAGACCGCCAUUAAUUGACCGAACCGAACCGCGGUAUGAUAAGCGCGGCUUGAAUCCAUACACUGCACUGGAUCCGAAUACCUACCCACAGGUGGAUCGGGGCUCAAGUCAACAGCCAGAGACAAGAAUACAUCAACAACUAGAAAGGAUGUCGUUGCAGCAGUCAGACCCUCGAUCACAUCAUCACCAAGAGCCUCCAUCAUAUCAGCACCAAGAUCCAAGAUCACAGCAACCACCACAAGAUCUAGGGGCUUAUCCACAUACACAAGAUUCGAGAACGGCUUAUACCGACCCCCGUACCGGCCAAACAUUGUACCAACCGUCACGAGAUCCAGAGGUUCGGCCUUAUCCACGAGAUCACGAAACGCCUUCGACCGAACAUUGGGUUGACCCAACACUACACCGAACACCGCAAGAUCCAAGGACGUAUCCGUACUCACAAGAGCCAAGAACUACUCAACCGAGCGUUCCCCGGCAAGAUCCGCAUUAUAAUGCAGAGACUCGGCCGAAAAUGAUCCAAGACAACGGAGGGACGGAAGGCGAUCUGCACAUGAUCAAAGGGAAGGUAAAGACAAGACCCGAAGGUAUCGACGGUGACCAAAGUCUUUCAACAUUUUUAGCCCUAAGCGGCGUUGGCAAACUCGUCGCACAACCGGUAGCGAGCCAUGUAUCAGCAGCCCAGAUGUUCCAUCCUCGAUGA